UGCGUCACCGCGUGUUUGCCCAGGCCGGGGGCGGCUCAGGGGGUAUAAAGCUGAGCCUGGCACAUCCCUGAGCAUCCAGCGACGCAGCCGCGAACAUGGAAAACGCUCGGCUCUGCCUGCUCUGCCUGGUGGGCUCUGGCUUCAUCCUGCUCGGCACACCGGAGCCGGUACCGGCGCCCACCCUGAGCCUGCCCGGGCAGAGCCGGGAGGAGACAGAGCUGGUGGAGGUGCUCCAGGAGGUGCUGGACAAGUUGGAGACCCGGGAGCCGCCGGCGCUGGAGAAGAGGCUGAGCUGGGUGCCCUGGUGCGAGCCCGGGGCGCCGUGCGCGGUGCGGCGCGGGGCGCGCAUCGGGAAGCUCUGCAGCUGCCCCCGCGGCACCUCCUGCAACCUCUUCAUCCUCAAGUGCUCCUGAGGGACCGGGGACACCGGCGGACAACGGGGGACACCGGCGGACAACGGGGGACACCAGCUGCCCCCCGCCUGCGCCCCGGGCAGGGGAGGGAGGGCGAGCCGCGGGCCCCCAGCCCCCUCCCCGCACCGGGAGGGAGCCGCACAGCACCCUCGGUGGCCUGGCCCGUGGGGCUGGCGGGGUCCAGGGGCACAUUAAACCAUUGGGUCCACG